AUAUAAACAGUUUCACUUUGUUUACAAAUUUGGCGGCUAAACAUUCUUACGAUCAGCUGCAGACUGUGUGUUGUGUGUGUGUUUUUAUUCUAGUAUUCUAGCAACAAUGGAGCCUUGUAUUAUUGAAUUUAUUGGCGAGAAAUCUACAAUUGGUAUAGUGCCGAAUUUUUCAUUUGAUCCACUACAUUUAAUAUCGGGCAGUGUGGGACCAUUCCGUGCUGGACUGCCCGUACACGUGCCAUUAUGGCUUGGUAUACACCUGCGCAAGCAACAAAAAUGCCGCAUAGUGCCACCCGAAUGGAUGGAAAUAGAGCUGUUGGAGGAAAUCAAAGAAGCGGAAAAGAAAUCCAAAUUUUUCACAAAGAUGCCCAGUGAGCAUUACAUGGUCGAGGCACAACUGAUCAUGAGCACUGCGCCGGACGAUGUACCACGUUGCGAAGAGCUGCGUACCAUUAUCAAGGAUAUUUUUGAUAUACGUGAGGCAAAAUUGAGAACAUCCAUUGACGCAUUCAUCAAGGGCGAGGGCACGUAUGCAAAAUUGGAUAAUUUGACGCUAUUGGAGAUGCACACUGUACGUCCGAUACUGCCCCAUUCACUGGAUCAUAUUGCACGUUAUCAACGCACAGCUAUGGCCACGCAACGUGAUACAUCUACCUUGGGAUUGAGUAAUUCAAUGAAUACGAGUCAUUUCUCUCAAUAAAGUAAUUAAAAAAUUA